UGGAAGUUGCAAAAAAAAGUUCUUUUCGAGAGAAUAUAUUAGUAGAAUUAUCAAUUAAUUCAACACUCGUGAAAAUAUACCGUGUAUCGAUGUUAAAUCUGCAGUACAAUAGUUCAAUCAGUCGUUAAAUCAACAACAUCCGCGAUGGUUUCAGCAGGAAUGAAAGAUCAUAUGGUAUCUGACGAUCCUCCGUAUUCCAGAUUAUUUGUCGUUUACAACAGAAAAGAUCCUGUUUCGGAAGCCGAACUAAGGAAUGAUUUCGGCAAAUACGGUGAAAUCCAAGAUGUAUUCAUUGUUAAAGACAGAGCUAGCGGAAAUGCCAAAGGAGUUGCGUAUAUUAAAUUCCCAAAGAUGUCCGAAGCUGCUCUUGCCAUGGAAAACCUCAACAAUACUCCUAUCAAAGGACACGUCGGAGUGUACAAAGCGUACAUAGCGAAAAAUCGAGGUGAAUCACCCGGACCUGAUCACAAUGAUCCGGAUCGUUUCGUACGUUUAUUCAUCAUGGUGCCGAAAAGUGCCGCAGAAGACGAUAUUAGACAACAUUUUACGAAAUUCGGCGACGUUACUACGGUGAAAUUACUACGCCAUAAAGAUACCAACGAAAGCAGAGGGAUCGGUUAUGUAACCUACGCGAGAGUAUAUGAUGCUGCUAAAGCUGUAGAAAGUGGUGAAAACGAGUUAGGAUUCAAAGCUGUUAUCGCUCGACCGAAAGAGAAAAUACCACCUCCUGCCGAAUCUAGCACUUCUAACCAUUCUUCUAGUUAUUCUUCGUAUUCGAAUUCGCAUACUAGCAAAUCUCGACCAAGCAAACACUCGUCCAGUCACGUUGACCACAAUACGGGUGGAGAUUCUUUUCAAGCUACGGUUUCUUCGAAGUUGGACAAAGAUCAUAUAUUUCGAUUAUUCGAUAUUGCUCCUGGGUUGAGAAAUAUACAAAUCAUAUCGCAAAAUAUGUAUCGUACCGAUCUAGUAGCUAUCUAUAAUUCGCCCUUAGCCGCCGAAUACGCACUGAAUAAAUUACAAGGAUUGGAGUAUCCGUUGGGAGAUUACAUUUGCGUUGAAUCAAAAGGAGUCAAUAAACCAUCCGUAGUAACAACUCCAAGUUACAAUAUGUCGGCUAGCGGAAGUAUCGGAACUAAACGAGAUUAUAGAGGAGAGCAAAUCAUCGAGCAUCGAAGCGCCUCUCCCGUAUCAUCGAAUGGGAAUCGUGAAGUUAACUCAACACUUACUGCUCUUACAAAAGCCCUUUCCGAUGCAACUGCAUUGCUCAAAACAGCAGGAGUCUCAACUGAAUCUAUUGGUUACGAUGACAUGAGUGAUAAUAGGAGUUCGUCGUCUUAUUGCCAGUUUCCAUUACCACCACCUCAAAAGGUUCUUCCUAAAACAGCUUUCAAUGAAAAUACCGGAAGGAGAUUGUUUUUCGUCGGGCAUCCAGCUGCUCCGCCAUUAGAUGCUUUGUACGAUGUGUAUUGUAGAUUCGGUAAUUUCACCGGUGCCAGCGUCCUGCAGAAGAAAAAUUAUGGUUAUUUGUAUUUCACCUGUCCUCAUUCAGCUCAGAGAGCCAUUGACGCCACCGAUGAUAAAACGAUCGCUGGUGUUACAAUCAAAGUUUUGCCAGCUGAGCCAAAAGCUGAGCUCAGUAAUAAAAGGAAGAAGACUGAUAUGUAAUCAGGAUUGUUAGUAGUAAGAUUACGAACUCUUAACUGCUACGUUUUUUGUGCCAGUUUACUUUUAAACAACACAUUGACGAUAACAUUAAUUUACUGGACUUGCUGAGAAGAUUUGAUAAACAAUUUUCAUAGUUUUACGAAUAAACGUUUUUUUUUUUUAUUUCUUAAUUUGUAGACAAAGUAACUAGAAAAACAAUCUAGAUAGUAGAUUUAAUAAGUUUUUACUUAUCUUUUCCAGGUGAGCAUUACAUCUUUUUAAUUAUAAUGUCUUAUAUAUGUCUAUAAUAUACAUUUUGUGUACGA